AUGGAACCCUCCGCAGCGCCUGGGGGGCCUCUGCCCAAGUACUGCAGCGUGGCCACCGCCCUGGAGGCCCCCGCCUGGGCCGGCGCUGCUCCUCCCUGGAACCUGGCCUUCAGCUGCCCCUUUGCCCUCCACGCUCCCUGGCUCGCCUGGCACAGCCCUCUCACCAGAUGUGCAUCCUAUCAACCACGUCUCCCCACGGCUGACCCAGCCCUGCAGGGGCCUGGCAGGCUGGGGAGAGUUGGAGACGCUGCUGGCACAUGGGUGCUGGCAAGACGGGGGCCCGAUGGCUUUUAUCACCGGGCUCAGAUAAAGCCUGCUCCGGAGCUGGAGAGGCAGGGCGCUCUGCUUGUGGAAUUUGAGGCUCCCCUGGUCACAGGCCCACAGCUGCCAGCCCCGCGGCAGAGCGUGGUCUUAGGAGAGGAUGUCGUCCAGUUCUCGCCGCCCGAGGGAUCCUCCCUGCAGCCCGGGGACACGGUGCUGGCGCCCUGGGAGCCCGACGGACAGUGGUAUGGCCCUGCCACUGUUUCGGGCUUGGAGGCGAGAGGCCCCCAGAGAGCAUCCAAAGAAGAAAUCACUGUCCACUUCUGGAAUGGCAGGACGGCUACAGUGCCCCGGGGUGGGGUGUGGGGGGUGCCCCCUGUCGUCUGGAAGAAGGCCGUGGAGCGGCUGCACGGGCCUUUCACCAGCAGGCCCCCCGCCACUGCCACCCUCCUCUGGGCCCCUUGCUGCUCUCUGCCGGGGCCGGGCGCUGGAUAUGUCACCCACGGGCUUCCCCUGGGCACCCCGUUCCUGUGCCCUCCCUGCCACCCCUGCGCCUGCUGCCAGCUGCUGUGCCAGGGCUGCCCCGGCUGCUGCCCUUUGGCUGGACCCACCUGGUGGCCUCUCAGCAGGACAUUGGGGGCCACGGCCAGAGAACAACCUGAGGCGGAGCUAAAGCCCAAGGUGCAGCCUCUGGCCCUAGAGGCUCCCAAAAAGGAGAAAGUGGCCGUGCUGGCUCCCAUGGCUGUCUCCUCCUCCUCCUCCUCCUCCUCCUCCUCCUCCUCCUCCUCCUCUGCCUCCUCCUUCUCCGAAGGGGAUUUAAAGAAAGAUCUGGAGACGGGCCUCCCUCAGAGGCUGGUGGUGGACAGCAGUGUCACCUCCGACCCUGUCCCUCCUGAGAAGACGCGGAGGAGGCGGGUGGACCUGGGCCAGCCCGAGUGGCGGUACUGGAAGAGGAACGGGCCGGAGCCGCUUCCCGGGAAGCCAGGCAGAAGAUGCUGCAGCUUCCAGAAAGAAGAGAAGGGCCUCAAGCAGCAGAGAGGACAAAUGGCAGAAGGGGGACACACCAAGGAGCUGGUCUUGGAAGUAACCAACGCAAAGCCUCUACAGACCCUGCCAGACAAAGCGGAGCAUGGGAAACUGAGUCAGGGGACCACUGUGACACGCCAGAGGCACCGGAAUGCCUUAGACUAA